AUGCUGCAUAUGAACACUUUUUAUUUAGCUAUACCAUUUAUGGCAGAGGCAUUAGAGAUUAUUUUAGGAAUACACUCUAAUAUAGAACAGUUCAAUAUAGAGUUUAUUAUGGAUUGGGACGCACAAGGACAAAGAGAGAUUAUAAUAAAAAUUCUAAAGUUUCUGGAUUUUAUGGCUGAGAUUGGAUGGCGUCCAUUAGGUGAAUCAAGAAUUGGUAUAAUUUCAGACAGAAUAAAAUCAGACCCCCUACAUUUAAAAAUAAACAAUUGGACACAAUGCCUAAAUGUAUUGUAUUUUGAAGCAACAAGACGAAACAGAUUUGUUGAGUUUUGUAAAAUCCUAAAAGCAUCAGCUAAGCAUUCUUCUGAUUCUAUUUUUGGAAUUGGCUUAAGUUUUAUUGGUAAAAUGUAUGAAGAACAUUACCGUGUGGAAGAUAAUCGAUUGAAGACUCCAUCUGUCAGGAUUAUUGAUGCACAAGCGAUAUCGAUUGCCCAAUAUGGUUAUCGCUUAGUUGACGUUUUGAAACAUAAUAAAGAAUCAGAACAGGAAAAAGUUAUAAGACUAGUUCUAGCGCAGAUAUUUACUGCACUUCGAGAUGUUGGAAGUAUAAUUAACAUUGUAGAUGUUGUUGAUGAAAUUUAUGUUGAAAGUGUUACUGCUGCCUGUCGAAGACAUUUUUUAUUAUUUGCGCUUUUUUUCCCUCUAAACUACAACAGUACAGUUUGGACUAUUGGUUAUGUUGUUCCACUUCAUGCGGAAGAAAUUUUCAAGGGUUAUGGAGUUGGUUAUGGGAUUCUUUCUAUGCAAGGAAAAGAAUCCAAGCAUUCAUCCAUUAAACAAGAAUUAAAAACUUGUAGCAACAGAUCUACAAAACAAAACGAAAGAGGUAAAUAGUAUCAACUGAUGCGGUCUAGCUAUGUACGAAAUUUUUACUUGCCUUAUCAUUUUCCAAUACCAUCCAUGUAUCAAUCUAAUUUUCGACCUCGUAAACCUGUUACAGACAAAGAAUGCUCUAACUGUUCACGUUUACUACAAUCUGAGGUUUCAUGUCAAGUUUGCACCGAGUCUGUUUCAAUUUUAGAUUGUGUCCAGAAGAAAUAUUUGACAGAAGAUAUUUUAUUCAUAAUAAAGCCUGUUAAAUGCAAAAUAUGUAGCAAAAGAUUUACAGAUGCAUGUUCGUUGAACAAACACACAGCAAAAAAUGAAUGCAAUCAAGUUAUUACU